AUGUCCAAGACUUCUAUCGUGAUCCUAGGAGCUGGCGGAGCCACGUCCGCGCUCGCCCAGGCGCUGGACAAAGGCCUCGACCCUACCAAACACGAGGUGAUCAUCGUCUCUGCGGCGGACUAUUACCGCAUUCUACCUGCAGCCCUGCGUACCGUUGUCACAGCCGAGGGAAAGCUCGAGGAGCGCAUGGCCGUUCCCUACGACAAUGUCUUCGCCAAAACGUCGAGAUCGACCGAAAAGCUCAAAGGUCGCGUCGCAUCAUUUGUCUUUGGUAAAGUCGUUGGAGUCGAGGAGAAAGAGAAUGGAGAAGGUGGACAAAUCCUUCUCGAGGAUGGCAAGCGCAUUGGGUGGGACUAUCUCGUCGUAGCGACAGGCUCCGACUGGGCUGGCCCGCUCAGGUGGCCUACGAAAAAGGCUGAAUUAGGGCAAUAUCUCGAUGCUUGGAGAGAAAAGUUUGCCUCAGCCAAGAGCGUCGUGUUGGCUGGAGCUGGCGCCGUUGGAUGCGAGUUGGCCGGCGAGAUCAAAGAUUUUUAUCCAAAGACUGAAGUGACGCUCGUUCAGCGGGGUGACCUUGUCCUCAACAACACGUACCCGGAUGCGUUUCGCCAGCGUGUGGCCAACGAAUUAGCUGCAAAGGGUGUCAAAGUUCUCACCGGGGAUACAGUCAAUAAUCUCUCUGAAGGCAUUCUCGAUGGCUCUGAAGGUGUUGUUUCCGGGCGUACAAUCACUACAUCCAAGGGGGUUACGGUUUCCGCGGAAUUGAUCAUUCCUACUGGUGGACGCCUGGGUGUCAACACGUCGUUCAUCUCCUCUUCAACUGCCCCAACCAUUUUCAAGGCUGUGGGCGGCGACGGACACCUCGCCGUCAAGCCAACCCUCCAGCUCACGACAAACCCACGAGUAUUUGCUUGCGGAGAUGUUGUGGCACUCAACGAGCAACACACGCUUAUGAAAUCAGCGGCACACGCCGGAGUCAUUGCCGCCAAUUUGCUCUCCAUCAUUCAGUCCAAAGGGCAGCUCAAGAAUUAUUCAAAGCCAACAGAUAUGAUUCUCAUCACCAAUGGACGCACAAGGGGAUCGGCUUACAUGGGGACGAUUUUCGGAUUCAACAUCAUUUUGGGAAGCUGGUUCUCUGUCAUGGUCAAGUCCAAGGGACUCAUGAUCGGAAUGGCAAGGGGUGGACUCAACCAGCCUUGA